AUGUUCUAUAUGUUGUGCAUUCUUUUCUUAUUUUCAGGUAUUUCUCCUUCAAAGUCUAAAUGUGAUAUCACUGAUGUCGAUUCUUUCGUGUUGCUUUCAGAUGGCCCUGCUAAGGAUUGUAAUGAGGAAGAUGUUGUUAAUGCUUUUGGGAUUCCUUCCUUUGCCGAGCUUAAUCGUGCUCUUGGUAUUCAGUCACCUUCUAAUGUCUGCAAUUACACCCCAGUUCACGCUCAUGGAAAAUCUCCUAUGGAAGAUACAAAUUCUUUUAGAGACCUGUCACCCCUUGUUCCAAUUCGCUUGUCGCAGUAUUUCCGUAAUGAGUUGGGUGAUGUCCAGUGUUCUCAGUAUGUUGCCGACAGAUAUCUGAAGUCGUUUAAUUCACCUAAUGACGAGGAUUGUAUUGUUAUGGUUAAUGUCGAUCACUCUGAUUAUUCAAAGCCAACCAAUCAUGUGAACUUAUGUUCUCCUGAUGUAAUCUUGCAAACUACUCCAAAAGCUGUUGUGAAGCUCAAUGAGGCAGUAGUUGAUGUCCAUAAAAUUGGUAGCUCAAACUUUGCAGCUAGGUGUCAAGAGCUAUCUAGAUCAAAUGAUGUUACUUACAACAAGCUGCACAGUUUUACUGCCCCUGCAACAAGUUAUCGUAAUCCUGUAAAGGUUGCUAAUAGCCCGGAAUUAGAGAUCCUGUCAGACACGCCUAUUGUUUCUAGUGCUCAUCUUUCUAAGGUUCCUGCAUGUUCAAAAGGUGCUCCAUCAUUUCAGCCCCUUGGUGGUUCUACAACUAGGUCUUCUGCAGCUCAUGUCCCUCGUAGAAUUGUUGUCCCUGGUAGAUUCAACUCAGAUCCUUAUGUUCCUCAAGGGAAUCGUUAUUCAGUUACUGCUCAAGAAAGGCGUAAUCAUCUUGCAAUGGUUCAGAUUGCAAGUCAUCCAGAGUGGUGCAAGUACGAGGCUAUCCGAUAUGAAAGAGCUUACUGUAGUUAUAGUAACCUUUCUUCACUACAGUUCAAAUCUCGCGUAGACAAUUUCUUGAUCUUGUGUGUGUGUCGAUAUCUAUUCAAUGAAGCUCACCCUUCCGUUUCUAAGAAACAUUUCUUCUUCUCUUACAUUGGUGAAACAAUUCUGGAUGGUACUAAUGCUGAGAUUGUUGGUAAUGCUUUCAAUGGUGCUAAUAGCGCUUUUCCUAUGUGGAGAAGCAACAUGCUGUACUUCCCUAUUUGUAGGUUCAGUCAUUGGUUUUCUUUUGUGGUUUGCUUGAAGGAGAAACUGUUUGUCUUCCUCGAUUCAUUAUAUGGCGAGUUCUCCGAUUUCCACCUAGCCAUUCGUGAUCCGAUUGUUAACAACUUCAUCAAUCUAUGGGACACAUAUGUGACUCCUAUAUUGAGGAAGCGUAUUGACUUUCAAAAUUUCGACAUUGUGUAUCCUGCGGUCCCGCAGCAAAAUAACACGUAUGAUUGUGGUGUUUUCUCUGUUAUGUACAUGAAGCACUGGUCUCCUAGGACUCCAAUUGGCAAUCUUUUUACGCAAGCUGAUAUAGAUAACAUCAGGAUCAAGCUCGCAAAUGAACUUUAUUUCAGCCAUUUCAACACUACUGACAAGUCUCUUGUCACAAACUUCUUUGGUGACGUGAGUGUAGUCUCUGAUUUUUUUAUUUGUUUUGCCUUAGUCAUGCGUUGAUUGUUUAUAUCUUCUAAGUGUUUUUUGACUAAUGCAUGACUUUUGUGGCAGGUGCAGA